AUGGAAACACAAACAGACAGCUUUUGGGUAUUGGCCCUUAUUUCUAAAUGCAAAGCCUUUUCUUCUCAAAACCCCAUCUUCCUUCUUGUUUCUCUUUUCUUUACUUGGCUAGCCAUGGCUCUGUGCUACUGGUUUUACCCCGGAGGCCCUGCCUGGGGUAAGUAUUGGCUCAAGAAAGGAAGCUGUUCGAAAGCCAAAAUGAUUCCAGGACCUAAAGGGUUUCCGGUGAUUGGAAGCAUGAACCUCAUGGUUAACUUAGCUCACCACAAGCUUGCUGCUGCAGCCAAAACUUUUAAAGCAAAAAGACUUAUGGCUUUUAGCUUGGGAGAGACUAGGGUUAUCAUCACAUGCAAUCCUGAUGUAGCCAAAGAAAUCUUGAACAGUUCAGUCUUUGCUGAUCGUCCAGUUAAAGAGUCUGCUUAUCAACUCAUGUUUAAUAGAGCUAUUGGUUUUGCUCCUUAUGGGGUUUACUGGAGAACUCUAAGGAGAAUUGCAGCCACUCAUCUUUUUUGUCCUAAACAAAUCAGCUCCACUGAGUCACAAAGGUUCAAUAUUGCUUCUCAAAUGGUAUCAGUAAUAGCAUGUAAAGGUGGAGAUUACUUUUGUGUUCGAGACAUACUAAAGAAAGCGUCACUCAACAGCAUGAUGUGUUCAGUUUUUGGUCGUAAAUAUGAUCUGGUCUCAUCAAAUAAUGAAACUGAAGAGCUUAGAGGACUUGUUGAUGAAGGUUAUGAUCUUCUAGGGAAGCUUAAUUGGUCCGAUCAUCUUCCUUGGCUUGCAAAUUUAGACCUUCAAAAAAUCAGGUUCAGGUGCUCCAAUUUGGUUCCUAAAGUGAACCGGUUUGUGAACCGGAUUAUUCAAGAACAUAGAGAUGACCAAACUGGCCUAAUCAGACCUGACUUUGUUAAUGUUUUGCUCUCUCUUCAUGGACCGGACAAGUUAUCAGACCAUGAUAUGGUUGCCGUUCUUUGGGAGAUGAUUUUUCGGGGAACAGAUACCGUGGCAGUUUUGAUAGAGUGGAUACUAGCAAGAAUGGUACUUCACCCUGAUAUCCAAUCAAAGGUGCACGAUGAGCUCGAUCAAGUUGUGGGAAGAUCAAGGCCGUUGAUGGAAUCCGACAUCAGAUCAAUGGUUUUCCUGCCUGCAGUAGUGAAAGAAGUUCUAAGGUUACACCCACCAGGCCCACUUCUGUCAUGGGCCCGUUUAGCAAUCACGGACACUCAUGUUGAUGGAUAUGAUGUGCCAGGAGGGACCACGGCUAUGGUUAAUAUGUGGGCCAUAACAAGGGACCCACAAGUUUGGGUCGACCCAGAAAAGUUCUUACCAGAGAGAUUUUUGUGCAAGGAUGUUGCUGCUGACGUGGAAUUUUCUGUGUCAGGAUCUGACCUCAGGCUGGCUCCAUUUGGGUCAGGUCGUAGGACUUGCCCGGGAAAGACAUUGGGUUUGGCCACAGUUAGCUUUUGGGUUGGGGUUUUAUUGCAUGAGUUUGAGUGGGUGCAAUGUGAUCAUGAGCCAGUGGAUCUCUCUGAACUGCUAAGGUUAUCCUGUGAAAUGUCUAACCCACUUACAGUCAAAGUGACUCCAAGGAGAAGAUGA